CGGUCCGUCUCUCCCGGCCCGGAAUCCAUUCCGGCCCGCGAGCCGGAGCGGCCAGGCCGCCGUCUGCCGACCCGCUGGCCGUCCGGCGGUCCGCCCUCGGGCGCGUCUGUCCGCCGGUGCGCCCGGCCGCCCGCCGGCCCAGAGCAGAACACAAGGCGCAGAGAAGUGAAGUAACUUGCCCAGCUAUGAGAGCCAGAGCCAGAACUUGAAACCAGAUGAGGACACAGAGGCCCAGAGAGGGGAAGUGACUUGCCUAGGGACGCACAGCAGGGAGAGGUGGAGCUGGGCCUCUAGUCUGAAACCCCUGACUCCACACCUGGUGUUUGUGCCCAGGCCCCAGGCUGCUUCCCAGAUCCUCUGGGACAGCCCCUGCCUUCACCAGGCAGCCCUUCCUGCUCCCGGAGGCUCUCCUCCACCCCAGGGUCCUCUCUCCCUCCAGCCAGGAUCAUGGGCAGCAACAAGAGCAAGCCCAAGGAUGCCAGCCAGCGGCGCCGCAGCCUGGAGCCCGCCGAGAACGCCCACGCUGUCGGCGGCGGCGCCUUCCCCACCUCGCAGACCCCCAGCAAGCCGGCCUCGGCGGACGGCCACCGCGGCCCCAGCGCGGCCUUCGCCCCCGCCGCCGCCGAGCCCAAGCUCUUCGGAGGCUUCAACUCCUCGGACACGGUCACCUCCCCGCAGAGGGCGGGGCCGCUGGCCGGUGGAGUGACCACCUUUGUGGCUCUCUAUGACUAUGAGUCACGGACAGAGACUGACCUGUCCUUCAAGAAAGGGGAACGGCUCCAGAUUGUCAACAACACAGAGGGAGACUGGUGGCUGGCCCACUCGCUCAGCACGGGACAGACAGGCUACAUCCCCAGCAACUAUGUGGCGCCCUCUGACUCCAUCCAGGCCGAGGAGUGGUACUUUGGCAAGAUCACCAGACGAGAGUCAGAGCGGUUGCUGCUCAACACCGAGAACCCGAGAGGGACCUUCUUAGUGCGAGAAAGCGAGACCACAAAAGGUGCCUACUGCCUCUCCGUGUCCGACUUCGACAACGCCAAGGGCCUCAACGUGAAGCACUACAAGAUCCGCAAGCUGGACAGCGGCGGCUUCUACAUCACCUCCCGCACCCAGUUCAACAGCCUGCAGCAGCUGGUGGCCUACUACUCCAAACAUGCCGACGGCCUGUGCCACCGCCUCACCACCGUGUGCCCCACGUCCAAGCCACAGACUCAGGGCCUGGCCAAGGAUGCCUGGGAGAUCCCUCGGGAGUCGCUGCGGCUCGAGGUCAAGCUGGGCCAGGGCUGCUUUGGAGAGGUGUGGAUGGGGACCUGGAACGGCACCACCAGGGUGGCCAUCAAAACCCUGAAGCCGGGCACGAUGUCUCCGGAGGCCUUCCUGCAGGAGGCCCAGGUCAUGAAGAAACUGAGGCACGAGAAGCUGGUGCAGCUGUAUGCGGUGGUGUCUGAGGAGCCCAUCUACAUCGUCACGGAGUACAUGAGCAAGGGGAGUUUGCUGGACUUUCUCAAGGGUGAGACGGGCAAGUACCUGCGGCUGCCUCAGCUGGUGGACAUGGCUGCUCAGAUCGCCUCGGGCAUGGCAUACGUGGAGCGGAUGAACUACGUGCACCGGGACCUCCGCGCUGCCAACAUCCUGGUUGGAGAGAACCUGGUGUGCAAAGUGGCUGACUUCGGGCUGGCCCGGCUCAUCGAAGACAACGAGUACACAGCCCGGCAAGGUGCCAAAUUCCCCAUCAAGUGGACGGCUCCAGAAGCUGCCCUCUACGGCCGGUUCACCAUCAAGUCGGACGUGUGGUCCUUUGGCAUCCUGCUGACGGAGCUCACGACGAAGGGACGGGUGCCCUACCCUGGGAUGGUGAACCGGGAGGUGCUGGACCAGGUGGAGCGGGGCUACCGGAUGCCCUGCCCGCCCGAGUGUCCCGAGUCCCUGCACGACCUCAUGUGCCAGUGCUGGCGGAAGGAGCCGGAGGAGCGGCCCACCUUUGAGUACCUGCAGGCCUUCCUGGAGGACUACUUCACGUCCACCGAGCCCCAGUACCAGCCCGGAGAGAACCUCUAGGAGCAGGCAGGGCCAGACUGGCUUCUCCGCUUGGAUCCUGGUCUGGGGCCCCCCUUAUGCGGAUCUCGCCUCCCGCUGCCUGCCCACGUUGGCCCUCUCUCCGGGGGGCUGAAUUGCCAGGGGCCAGGCCUCUCCCUCUUUUGUGGCAUGGAAGGGCUUUGGGACCUGCAGGAGCCUGUGAGGGCAGGACCCAAGGCCGGCACAGUGACUCUGUCCCUGCUCCUGCUGUAGCCACACGCCCCCUCCCUGCGCUCCCUCCCUGAGCUGGCCGGUCUCUGGAGGAGGAACUGGGAAGAGCUGGGCUGGACUGGGCCUGGCUGGGGCGCCCUGUUUCCUGCCCCAGCCUACUCCACGCAUCGGGCUCCCCUCCCCACUUCCCACGCCCCUAUGUCUGUCUCGAGAGCUGGCCCAAAGAGCCUUUCCAAAGAGGAGCGAUGGGCCCCCGGCCCUCAGCCUGCCUGCCACCCUGCCCCUUGCCAUCCACUGCGGAAACAUCUGUAGGUGGAGGCCGCCAGGGCCAGACCCCUCUGCCCAGCUCGACGUGAUGCUGGCAGGUGGGAUGAGUACCCCUCAGACCCCGCCCUUCUUAGAUGUGAGGGACCCUUGGAGACCAUCCAUUGCUUGCUCCCAUUUUACCCAUGGGGAAACUGAGUCCAGAGAGGGGAUGUGACUUGCCAAGGCCACAAAAAAGUUCAGGGUUGAGGUGGGAUUGGAACCUGGUGCUCCUUCCAUCUUCCUCAGGAACCAGUGAGAAUCAUCCUCUGAGGCAUCACAGAUAGACUGGAGCAGCCAGGGGACAGGGGACUGAGGACGGGUUAGACACAGCAGAGCUCUGCAGCUGCUGCCCCCUCGGCUGGGCUGUCGUGGGGGAGGAGAACGGAGGCAGAUGUGAGGCUGAGCUGGGAGUGCGGGGAGGGCAGGUGUGGAGAGGCAGGCUUCAAUCAGGAUGCGGCUGGCUUUAGACCUUCAGAGCCAGCCAGCUAUGAAAGAGUGAGCUCCCAGGCUCUGGAGGCAAUCAAGCAGAAAUGGGAGAGCCAAGAGGCUGGGAGGCCCUGGCCCUGACCUCAAGAGGGAACCCCAGGUCCUCCUUCCCCCAGUUUGUCCUGUGGCAUUUCAACACCUGGUCUCUGCUCUCCUGCCUAAGUUGGCACCGCUUGGCUCAUGAGAAGGGAAAGGAGUGCCUGGGCUGGGGUGCAAGAGGAUGAGGUGCCCACUGCCAUGCACCAGGACUGGCUGCGUGACCUUGGGCGGCCCCUGCUUUUUCUCUGGGCUGUAGUGUCUGCCCCACGUGUGGCCAUGGCCUCUGCUACUGCUCAGCUCCUGUCCUGUCCAGACUCUGUGGCAGGACAUCCAUAGGGAGCCCAGCCCCGGGACAUCAGAUGACUAUUUUGGCCCUGGCUCUGCUGUUCAGCCUUAGGGUGUGUGGUGGCUUCUCCCUGGGCCUCAGUGUGCCCAUCUGUAAAAGGGCAGCCGAUGAAUUUGUGGCAUCUUGCCAAGGGACCCCGUGUGUGUGUGUAUGUGUGUGCAUGUGUGUGUGUGUCUCCAUGUGUGUCCAUAUUUAACAUGUAAAAACGCCCCCUGCUCCGUCCCCCAGACACAUUGUACAUUUCACCCAUGGCACCCCAUCAUAGCAAUAACAUUCCCACUGCCAGGGGUUCUCGAGCCAGCCAGGCCCUGCCAGCGGGGAAGGAGGCCAAGCAGUGCCUGCCUAUGAAAUUCCAACUUUUCCUCUCAUCCAUGUUUAUUACCCACCCGUCCAUCGCGGUCACCUCUGGGCUCGCUCACCCCAGCGUGCUCUCAAAUCCCCUCCGGUUGCCCGAGGCCCUUUGUAUAAGGUGUCCUAAUACUGUCCUUUUUUUAAAAAAAAACAGUGUUUUGUAGAUUUCAGAUGACUAUGCAGAGGCCUGGGGGACCCCUGGCUCUGGGCAGGGCCUGGUGGUCCCAAAUUCUGUGGCCCAGGCUUUGGGGGGAGGAAGGGGAGGGGUCCAUAAUUGGUUGUAAAUACUUUGCAUACUGUCUGAUUAAACACAAACAGACCUCAGA